GCCAGUUGCACCCCCGAGCACGCCCUCAUACGAAACUGCUGUGACCGUGGCUCCGACAGUGCCGCCAUCAACCUCGGAGAAAAACGACAUGAGUGACCUGGAAAAAAACGCUGUACGUGGUUCUGGAAAAGCGGCCGGACAUGCGAUUGCCGAGGGAAACCGAGAGUGGCCUUGGAUCGCCGAACUUAUUGAAGAAGAUCCAAUUCAGGUGCUGGUUACCAUUCCUACUCAUUUUUUCGAUUCGAAGGACUCCGUUCUCGUGCAGCUGCUGAAGGCUGUCGUCACGGCACCAGGCAUGGAUUCUGAUCGAUA